AAUCUCAUGUACAUCCAUCCAUGAAAAUGAAAACGUAAGACACAAUCAAACAAAGUAAAAAUCAAAAAAGCAAAAGUCCAUUAAAAUAUUAAAAAGGUUCAACUAUAUUUGCUCCUUCAUCUUCUUCCUCAAACCAAAUCCAAAGUACUCAGAGACACUGAAACACAUGCAUCUGCAUCAUCCACUUCUCGCUCUCUCAAGGAGGAGCCUUUGAAUUUGGCAUCUUAGUGUAGAUCUGAAGAGGGUCUUCAUCUGCUUGGACUGAAAAGUGAAGUGAAGCAAAACUGGCGACUACACUGACUUGGAGGCCUUCUGCCAACAAUGGCAGCAGCCAUGGUUCCAAUGAUCUGGAAAGAAAUGGUGACGGGAAGGCUCAAGAUUCAGAGCCCCCAACUCCCCAUUCUAUUCUGAAGAUGGGAUUGAGAGAACGUAGCAGCAAUAUGGAGGAUCCAGAUGGGACAUUAGCUAGUGUUGCCCAAUGCAUUGAGCAGCUGCGUCAGAGCUCAUCUUCUAUGCAAGAGAAAGAGUAUUCAUUAAGGCAGUUAUUGGAGCUUAUAGAUACGCGAGAAAAUGCUUUUAGUGCUGUUGGAUCUCACUCUCAGGCAGUUCCAGUACUUGUUUCCCUUCUCCGAUCAGGUUCGUUGAAUGUGAAGAUACAGGCAGCAACUGUCUUGGGCUCCCUUUGUAAAGAAAAUGAACUGAGGGUGAAAGUCUUGCUUGGAGGAUGCAUUCCUCCAUUACUUGGUCUACUAAAGUCCAAUUCUACUGAAGGGCAAAUUGCUGCUGCAAAAACUAUUUAUGCUGUCUCUCAAGGUGGUGCAAAGGAUCAUGUUGGUUCAAAAAUAUUUUCAACUGAAGGAGUUGUACCGGUGCUCUGGGAGCAGCUGCAAACUGGCCUCAAGAAAGGAAAUGUAGUUGAAAGUUUAUUGACUGGAGCAUUGAAAAAUCUGUCCAGCAAUACUGAGGGAUUUUGGAGUGCAACAAUACAAGCUGGUGGGGUCGACAUAUUAGUGAAGUUACUGGCAGCAGGGCAACCGAGCACUUUAGCUGAUGUGUGCUUUUUACUUGCUGCUGUAAUGAUGGAGGAUGCAUCUGUUUGUUCGAAGGUGUUGACUGCAGAGGUGACAAAACAACUCUUGAAACUAUUAGGCUCCGGUAACGAUGACCCUGUUAGAGCUGAAGCAGCUGGUGCUCUUAAAUCUCUAUCUGCCCAAUGCAAAGAGGCAAGGCGAGAGAUAGCCAAUUCCAGUGGUAUUCCUGCUUUGAUCAAUGCUACCAUAGCUCCUUCCAAAGAAUUCAUGCAGGGUGAGUGUGCUCAAGCUUUACAAGAGAAUGCUAUGUGUGCUUUAGCAAACAUCUCUGGUGGUUUGUCUUAUGUCAUAUCUAGCCUCGGUCAAAGUCUUGAUUCAUGCACCUCACCUACUCAAGUUGCUGACACACUAGGAGCUUUGGCAUCUGCUCUUAUGAUAUAUGAUAACAAGGCAGAAUCUACCAGAGCAUCAGAUCCUUUGGUAGUUGAGCAGACAUUACUCAAACAAUUUAAACAAAGCCUACCCUUCCUUGUUCAGGAACGGACCAUUGAAGCUCUAGCUACUUUGUAUGGUAAUCCCGUACUCUCAACUAAACUGAAAAAUUCUGAUGCUAAACAUUUGCUUGUUGGUUUAAUAACAAUGGCUGCCAAUGAAGUGCAAGAUGAGCUUAUAAAGGCUCUCUUGACACUAAGCAAAAGUGAAGGCAGUCUAUGGCAUGCACUUCAAGGCCGUGAAGGAGUUCAGCUUUUGAUAUCUCUUUUGGGGCUCUCCUCGGAACAGCAGCAAGAAUGUGCAGUUGCCCUGCUUUGCCUUCUAUCUUAUGAAAAUGAUGAAAGUAAAUGGGCAAUUACUGCUGCUGGUGGUAUCCCUCCACUUGUUCAAAUUUUGGAGACUGGAUCUGCAAAAGCAAAGGAAGAUUCAGCAACAAUCCUUAAGAACCUGUGCAAUCACAGCGAAGAUAUACGUGCUUGUGUCGAAAGUGCUGAUGCUGUUCCUGCUUUGUUGUGGUUAUUGAAGAAUGGAAGCCCUAAUGGGAAGGAUAUUGCAGCAAAGACCUUAAAUCAUCUAAUUCAUAAAUCUGAUACUACAACUAUUAGUCAGCUUACAGCAUUAUUGACUAGUGAUCUUCCUGAUUCUAAAGUCUAUAUUUUCGAUGCUUUGAGAAGUGUUCUUUCUGUUGCUCCUCUCAGUGACAUUCUACGUGAAGGUAGUGCUGCCAGUGAUGCAUUUGAUACCAUGAUAAUGUUAUUGAGCUCUACCAAGGAAGAAACCCAGGCAAAGUCUGCAUCAGCACUUGCUGGAAUUUUUGAAACGAGAAAAGAUGUGCGUGAAAGUAGCAUUGCUGUUAAAACUCUUUUGUCAGCCUUGAAAUUGCUUAAUGUUGAAUCUGAUAGUAUCCUAAUGGAGUCCUCACACUGCCUGGCUGCAAUAUUUCUUUCCAUCAAAGAAAACAGGGAUGUAGCUGCUGUUGCUAGAGAUGCAUUAUCCCCCCUAGUUGCUUUGGCUAACUCUCCACUUCUGGAAGUUGCAGAGAUGGCAACAUGUGCUGUAGCAAAUCUUAUUUUGGAUGGUGAAAUUGCAGAGAAAGCUGCUGUAGAGGAAGUUAUCUUGCCUGCUACUCGAGUGUUACGUGAAGGCACAAUUUCUGGAAAAACCCAUGCUGCAGCAGCAAUUGCUCGCCUCUUACAUUCUCGUAAAGUUGAUUAUGCUGUUACUGAUUGUGUGAAUCGUGCUGACACUGUUCUUGCAUUAGUCUCCUUUUUAGAUUCUUCUGUUAAUGGAUCUGUUGCCACAUCAGAAGCUCUUGAAGCACUUGUCAUUCUGUCCCGGUCGGGUGAGACCAGUGCACACAUUAAGCCAGCUUGUGCAGUUUUAGCUGAAUUCCCUAAAAGCAUAAUCCCAAUAGUUCUAUGUAUUGUUGAUUCAACACCAAUGUUGCAAGAUAAAACUAUUGAGAUAUUAUCCCAAUUAUGUAAGGAUCAGCCUGUUGUUUUGGGAGACACUGUUGCUUCUUCCUCUGGAUGUAUAUCUUUGAUAGCUAAGAGGAUAAUUUCUUCCACAAAUGUGAAGGUCAAAAUUGGGGGGGUUGCACUUCUUACUUGUGCUGCAAAAUCAAAUCAUCAGAGACUUGUGGAGGAUCUCAAUUUUUCAAACUUGUCUACUAACCUUAUUCAGUCUCUAGUGGAUAUUCUUAUUUCUGUACAGACUUCUUCGGAUAAUCAGGGUGACGGCGACAAGGAAUUCAUCAGCAUAUACCGGCACACAAAAGAAGAGUCCAACAGUAGUGAAUCCAACACUGGUACCUCCAUUAUAUGUGGUGCUGACUUAGCUAUAUGGUUACUGUCCAUCCUUGCUUGUCAUGAUGAGAAAAAUAAAAUGGCAAUUAUGGAGGCUGGAGCAAUUGAUGUUCUCACUGACAGGAUCUCAAGUUGUUUCUCACAAUAUUCUCAGAUUGACAACAAAGAAGAUAACAGCAUGUGGAUCUGUGCUUUGUUGUUGGCAAUAUUGUUUCAAGAUAGAGAUGUCAUCCGGGCACAUCCAACCACGAAAUCUGUACCAGCACUUGCCAGUUUAUUGAAGUCAGAGGAAUCGGCAAACAAAUAUUUCGCUGCACAAGCAAUAUCUAGCCUUGUCUGCAAUGGUAGCAGGGGAACACUUCUGUCUGUAGCAAAUUCUGGGGCAGCAGGUGGACUAAUUUCUUUGCUUGGUUGUGCUGAUACUGAUAUACAGGAUCUUUUGGAAUUGUCAGAGGAAUUUUCUUUGGUGCGUUAUCCUGAUCAAGUGGCUCUAGAGAGGUUGUUUCGAGUUGAUGACAUAAGAGUUGGUGCGACUUCUCGGAAGGCAAUACCUGCCCUGGUUGAUUUGCUCAAACCGAUUCCAGAUCGCCCAGGUGCACCAUUUUUGGCACUUGGGAUUUUGACUCACCUUGGUAGAGAUUGUCUGUCAAAUAAGAUUAUAAUGGUAGAGUCUGGGGCCUUAGAGGCACUUAAUAAGUAUCUUUCCCUGAGUCCUCAAGAUGCAACUGAAGAAGCUGCAACCGAUCUUUUAGGAAUUCUAUUUAGCAGCGUUGAGAUACGGAAACAUGAGUCAGCAUUUGGUGCUGUUGCUCAACUUGUGGCUGUCUUACGUUUAGGAGGAAGAAGUGCAAGGUAUAGUGCUGCUAAAGCCUUGGAAAGCUUAUUUUCUGCUGACCACAUUAGAAAUGCAGAGAUCGCUCGACAAGCUUUUCAACCCUUGGUGGAGAUUCUUAAUACUGGUUCAGAAAGGGAGCAGCAUGCUGCUAUUGCUGCAUUGAUUGGAUUACUGAGUGAAAACCCAUCAAGAGCACUUGCUGUUGCAGAUGUUGAGAUGAAUGCAGUGGAUGUUCUUUGUAGGAUCCUUUCAUCAAACUGUUCAAUGGACCUCAAAGGAGAUGCUGCUGAACUAUGCUGUGCUCUCUUUGGCAACACAAGGAUUCGGUCCACUAUGGGUGCUGCACGCUGCGUUGAACCUCUAGUCUCUCUCCUUGCAACUGAGUUUAGUCCUGCUCAGCAUUCAGUUGUUCGGGCAUUGGAUAGGCUUGUUGAUGAUGAGCAACUGGCUGAAUUAGUUGCCGCACAUGGUGCAGUUGUUCCUCUUGUGAGCCUGCUGUCUGGUAGUAACUAUAUACUUCACGAGGCCACUUCUAGAGCUUUGGUCAAGUUAGGAAAAGAUAGACCUGCUUGUAAAAUGGAAAUGGUGAAAGCUGGAGUUAUUGAAAGCAUACUUGAUAUCUUAACUGAUGCACCUGAUUACCUAAUUGCAGCUUUUGCAGAACUGUUGCGUAUAUUGACCAAUAACGCUACCAUAGCUAAGGGACCAUCGGCUGCUAAAGUUGUUGAACCCUUGUUUUUGUUACUGAAAAGAGAUGACUUUGGGCCUGAUGGACAGCACAGUGCACUACAGGUUUUGGUUAAUAUCUUAGAACAUCCACAGUGUCGUUCUGACUAUUCAUUGACUUCUCGCCAAGUUAUUGAACCACUUAUCCCUUUACUUGAUUCUCCAAUACCAGCAGUGCAACAGUUGGUUGCUGAGCUUCUUUCACAUCUACUUCUAGAAGAACACCUUCAGAAGGAUCCUGUGACACAGCAAGUAAUUGGCCCACUUAUACGAGUUCUUGGUUCUGGUAUACACAUAUUGCAGCAGAGAGCUGUAAAGGCCCUAGUAAGUAUUGCACUGACAUGGCCAAAUGAAAUUGCCAAAGAGGGCGGUGUAAUUGAAAUUUCCAAAGUGAUAUUGCAAGCCGAUCCUUCUCUUCCUCAUGCUUUAUGGGAGUCUGCUGCCUCUGUUUUGUCAAGCAUUUUGCAAUUCAGCUCUGAAUUCUACUUGGAAGUUCCUAUAGCUGUGUUGGUAAGGUUGCUUCGAUCUGGCUCGGAGAGCACAGUUAUUGGUGCAUUAAAUGCUCUUCUGGUGUUGGAAAGUGAUGAUCGAUUUAGUGCAGAAGCGAUGGCUGAAAGUGGUGCUGUAGAGGCUCUCUUGGAGCUGCUAAGAUCUCAUCAGUGCGAGGAAACUGCGGCAAGACUCUUAGAAGUAUUGCUGAACAAUGUAAAGAUCCGAGAAACAAAAGUUACUAAAUCAGCUAUCUUACCAUUAUCCCAGUACCUCUUGGACCCACAAACCCAAGCACAGCAAGCAAGGUUAUUGGCAACUUUGGCUCUUGGGGAUCUGUUCCAGAAUGAGGGUCUUACUCGAACAGGUGAUGCAGUUUCAGCUUGCCGUGCAUUAGUAAAUGUGCUUGAAGACAACCCGACAGAAGAAAUGAAAGUUGUAGCCAUAUGUGCUUUGCAAAACCUUGUGAUGUACAGUCGAUCAAAUAAAAGAGCAGUUGCAGAGGCUGGUGGUGUUCAGGUCGUAUUGGAUCUGAUAGGUUCAAGUGAACCAGAAACAUCUGUUCAAGCUGCAAUGUUUAUUAAACUUCUCUUCUCAAAUAAUACUAUUCAAGAGUAUGCUUCUAGCGAAACAGUCAGAGCGAUCACUGCCACUAUUGAAAAAGAUUUAUGGGCCAGUGGAACUGUGAAUGAGGAGUAUCUGAAAGCCUUGAAUUCUCUAUUUAGCAACUUUCCACGGCUGAGAGCAACUGAACCAGCAACUCUUAGCAUUCCCCACCUGGUUACAUCCUUAAAGACAGGUUCAGAGGCUUGUCAGGAAGCGGCAUUGGAUGCGCUGUUUCUGCUCAGACAAGCUUGGUCAGCAUGCCCAGCUGAAGUUUCAAGAGCUCAGUCAAUUGCAGCUGCCGAUGCUAUUCCGUUGCUGCAGUAUUUAAUCCAGUCUGGUCCACCUCGGUUUCAAGAGAAGGCAGAACAUUUAUUGCAGUGUUUGCCAGGGACACUGGUGGUGAUCAUCAAGCGUGGUAACAAUAUGAAGCAGUCUGUUGGAAACCCAAGUGUUUACUGCAAGCUUACACUCGGCAACACUCCACCAAGGCUAACUAAGGUGGUCUCUACCGGGCCUAAUCCGGAGUGGGAUGAGAGCUUUUCAUGGUCAUUUGAGAGUCCUCCAAAAGGCCAGAAGCUACAGAUUUCCUGCAAAAAUAAGAGCAAAGUGGGAAAGAGUAAAUUUGGGAAAGUAACAAUCCAGAUUGAUCGUGUGGUAAUGCUUGGAGCAGUAGCUGGCGAGUACACUCUGUUGCCUGCAAGUAAAAGUGGCCCUCCAAGGAAUCUAGAAAUAGAAUUUCAGUGGUCUAACAAAACAAAUGAUACAGUUUAGCUGGGAAUGGAAAUUUUGGAUUUUUGAAAAAAGAGAUAUCAUGUGUAUAUAGCUGUUUUUUUUUUGGGUCUAUAGUUCCAAACAGAUUCUUUUGUCAUCAUAUUCUUUUGUAACUUGUUCCUUCAUUUCCUAGGAUAAACACUAGGGGCACUGAGACCAGGCUUGUUUUGGUUUCUUGUAUCAGUUGUUUGAUUCUUUGCGUGUCGUCAAUUUAAAGUAAAGUAGCGAGUCUGUUCUAUAUAUGCUUUUGGGACUGUACAAGUACAACUUUGUAUCUGAGACUUUGAAUGUAAAAUAACAAUGAGAUAAAAGAUUGUCGUGUGUUUACA